AAAAAAUGUGGCAGCAUUGCACAAGAGCUGUCAAAUAAAUUUAAUAAACGUCAUUCUACGGAGAAUUUCUGCAAAUCACUUGGCGAAACAACAUUUUUGGAAACAACGAAAAUACGUAUUUUGCUUUGACUAAUCAUGCAUAAAAUUCAAUCGUUUCCUGAAUAUCAAGUGCCCGGCGCACAGCAUCAAGAUUUUUCACCUUACGAAUCGAAUGGAGGAUCUAUUGUGGCCAUUGCCGGCGAGGACUAUGUAGUGAUUGCUGCAGAUACUCGCUUAAGCAGUGGAUACACCAUCCACACACGCAAACAAAACAAAUUAUUUCAAUUGUCUGAGAAAACUGUACUCGCUUCAACGGGAUGUUGGUGCGAUACCUUGGCGCUUACCAGUUUGGUAAAUGCUCGUAUGCAAAUGUACGAACAUCUACACUUGAAAACCAUGUCUACAGAAGCCGUUGCCCAAAUGUUGUCCAUUCUCAUGUACAACAGACGCUUCUUCCCAUACUAUGUAUCGAAUGUAUUGGCUGGGCUAGACACCGAAGGCAAGGGUGUAGUUUAUUCAUAUGAUCCUAUUGGACACUGCGAGCGCACCACAUAUCGUGCCGGUGGUUCAGCUGGCACCCUACUGCAGCCAGUGUUGGAUAAUCAAAUCGGCGGUAAAGAUAAGGAUGUAAAAAACAAACCCAAAGUGUCGUUGGAGAAAGCCAAGGAAGUAGCUAAGGAUGCUUUUAUUUCAGCAGCAGAACGUGAUAUAUACACUGGCGAUUCGGUACUUUUAAAAGUCAUCACCAAAGAUGGUGUUAUCGAAGAGGAAGUGCAGUUACGUAAAGAUUAAAUUAGUAAAGGGUUUGGUAAUUUUUGUUUCUCAAAACUUUUUAAUUAAUAAUAAAUCUAUAAUUUUGAAUACAAACAUUUAUUUAAAU